AUGGCAACAUCCUUGACUCGGACCAAGUCGCGAGGCUCGGAUUUCGAGCUCACUUACGCCUCACCUACGGUGGUUAAACGUCAGGGAGCAGAUGAAGAGAGCCUUGAGCGCCACAGCCGCAAACGUCACCGACCAAGAGCUUACAGUGACGAAUCUGGAAACCUAAACAGAGAUGGUCGGAGGAGACGGAAUCGAGGAUCGAGUGAUGACGAAGGAAAAAUCACCUUCGACGGUUUCACCAACGAGGACCUCCGAGUUGGCGGACCAUACCUGUGCUCGAUCCCGACCGAAACUUUCGCAUUUCCCGAAUCCCAUUCCUUGUUCGAGAGACUCAUGGGCUCCAGAAGCCGCCCGAUCCACGACCAAGUCUACACGAUCCUCGCCAAGCAUGAGAUUCGCCCACGGAUGGUCAACUUCGUUGGACGAAAGUCUCGUUUCAACCCGGAAGCCAGUCCUACUCCAACUGCCUUGGUUUAUGCAAAUCGCGAAACAGUGGACCGGAAAUGGCUGGAGGCAGCCAAAGACAUCCAUUCUUACUUGGUUGCACACGAUAUUCAGAAUGUUUCUGUGGAGAUCGCCGAUCCUGAAGUCUUCAACCCACCGAAGAUGUUUCCCGUUCUGAAAACAGAUUCGAUCUUUUCAUUCUGGGACUCUUUUCUCAAAACCAUGCUGGAGGAGCUCGACCUCACUGGCAUGAAGAUGGUAGGGUGCUACCGACGAGGGAGAAGCCAGGAAAUAAUGGAUAACCCCCCAACCGUUCUUGUCAUUGUCGACACAACCAGCAUCCGAGACUGGAAACCUACUCGAGAGCUGAUCGUCGGUAUUCUUGAUCGAUACAAUCUGUCUAUGGUGGCCGUGGAAAUCAGCAAAGAUGAAGAAUGGAUGGGGACGGGUUGGACCAAAAAUACUGGACUCAGCCGUGCUGUUCUCCGCGGGCCUGCCAUAAUUGGUGAGAGCCUUGCUCUUGCCCAGGACAACAAGAGAAGCGGAAGUCUUGGAGGAUUUCUCGAGCUGAAGAAUCCAGUCAGGGGCGAUUGGGUACAAUUUGCAAUCACAUGCUUCCAUUGUGUUAUCCCCAGCAAGGAAGACCUUGAGUCCAAAGACAUUGAUGCCACAUAUCGUUCUCAAAUGAUGGCUUGGAUACGAAAUGGCGUGAGAGCGGAUGACCCGGUCGCCAAACUAUAUCUACAAGUCAACCACCCGAGUGGGCGUGGCAUUGAUGAAGAGCUCGAAAAACUUCAAGAUCGCAUCAAGUCGGUUGAAGAUGAGCCGCUGUACCAAAAAGGCGCCUUGCUAGAGCCGGAUGGAUUGUUGACCGAGCUGAGCGAAAUUGGCCAAAACAACUACCACCUUUUAAAGGAGGAGAUCGCGGCUUCUCGCAGUUUCCAACAGGAUAUCUGGGACUUUCGUGAUCACCCUGAGCAGAUUCUUGGCCAUGUGGCUGCUGCGUCCGGCUACAAAGUUAUACGUUCCCAAUUGGUCCAGGAUCAAAAGACAGUGCAGGAUGACCCAGACCUGACCAACAUGGACUGGGCCUUGAUCCGAGUUCGUGAUGAUCGUAAAGGCUCUAAUUCUGUCGAUGGCCUCGGAUUUUUGAGCACGCCUGAAACUCGGAUAGACCUCCAUGGGCGCGGAAUCUUUAUGAAGGGGUAUCGCUCUGGAAAGUCUGAGGGUGUUUUCAAUGGCCUCAGGGUUGCUCGCAUCGCAACCGUCCUCAAUGAUAAGGACGAGGAGGUCAAGGUACCGACACUUGAGCACCAAAUCAUGGGAAUUGAGGGCAAACCUUUUGCACUCCGAGGGGACUCAGGCUCCUUCGUAUUUACACGGGGUGGAGGGGUGCUUGGGUUGAUGUUCGGGGGCUUGGAGUUCGACCACAUUGCUUAUUUCACCCACGUCGAAGACCUCUUCAACGACAUUCGUGCGGUAACUGGAGCAACCGAAGUCCGAUUUUCAUAG